CGUGUUGUUCAGUGUGAAACGUCCGUUACGAAUGCAAGUGCAAGUGUCGCGCGUGUUGUUUUGUUCUUGUUAUUUUACAUACUAUAAUUUUUUUUCUCUUGUCGCCGCUGUAUUGUAGUGUUGCAAUAAAUUCAAAUAGUUUUUUUAUGGAAAAUAUAAUAAAAAGCAUGUUAAAAUUCAUAAAGAAUUUAACAAGAGUUUGAGAGAGUGUGAAAAAAAUACUCUUCGGAGUUUAUUUCUGUGUUGAAAAAAUAAGAAUUUUUUCUGUGAAUUACUCAUUUUUUUUUCUUCCAUUGUCCCCCUUCGUUCCAAAGUGCAUAAUUUUUUUUUCUACCACCAUCACUACCAAUACUACUAUAAUACGACUACCAUCUCACGGUUACAAUUUUGUUGUUUUUUUUCUGCUGCUUCUGUAUUGUCCAAGUUGCAAGUUCUUGUCUUUUUUACAAUUUUGUGUGUGAAAAAGUUGAAAAAAUCCUAAAAUUCUUUGAAAAAGUUCUUAAAAUUAAGGGAAAACUACAGAUUUGUCAGAGGAGAAGAUUUUUGUACAAAAACAAACGAAAAUAACCCCAACUGGGUGUAGUUUUUUUUGCAAAAUAAUACAAAAAAAGAAAAAAAGAAACAUUCCACGAAAACUGCAUUCGUUGGUUUCUUUCUUUCCCGUAUGUUUUUAUAUUUUAUUUGUUAAUUUGUUAAAAUAAAUAAUAAAGAAAAUAAACGAAUAUAGUAAAUCUUUUUGUGUGUGUUUGUUUUUUGAUUUUUUUACCUUGAGCCGGUUCAACAUCGUUUUUGUCGCUUUCCAAAGAAGUGUCAUCGACGCCGCCGCCGGGGCACAACGAAUCGGAGGGUGGUUGUAAUUUUAUUAUUUUCGGUGGUGGAUUUGCAAACAACAACAACAAAAUAAAGAAGCAUCUGCUGCCGGGAGUAUAGGUUGGGAAUCAGUUAUACAAAAGUUACGUAUACAUUCGAUAAACCAGAAUUUUACGUGUUUUUGUUUGGAUAAAUAAACAAAAAAAGGAAACACAACGUGCAUUCUAAUUGGAGGUGUCUUAAAGACGUUUUAAAGAACGCAAAUAAGGCGCAAAAAACUCCAGCGAAAACAUUUGCUUAACAACAACAAUAACAACUGCAACAACACAACACCAACCAACAAACAACAACAACUUAAAAUAAAAUUGAUAAAUUUCUUCGCAAAUAAUAAAGUGAAAUCACAUCUAAGCAUGUCCCGUAGAUGGUAAAAAUCACAAUCCAAUGACAUCUCUUGAUUGAUUGCCUCUUUUUCUCACUGAUCAAACGACGACAACAAUUACUCAAGAUAAAAUGAAGGCGCCACCAAAUGUCACCAUCACCUCAACUACCUCCGCUACAAAUACAACCAUCAGUACCACAAGCGGAGGAGAUGAGUCUUUUUGCAGUAGUAGCAAUGCAAAUUUUAUGUCAUUUUCUGGAUCCGAAAUGAGCACCACAAUAGAUAAUACACCACAAACCCCUAGCUUUGGUAGCAGCAGUAGCAAAAGUGGCAGUGGUCUUUUUCAUCAAGCAAGUGCCAGUAACAGUAGAAUUGGAAUUGGUGAUGGCCCUGAUGGAGUAGUGACUAGAAUAAACGGUGUUAACACAACCAAUAAUGGCAAUAAUAAUAAUGGUGGUGGUAGUGGUGGCUCGUACAUAAAAGCCUCACUAUCAAUGACAUCGCUGCCCCCCGACGAACAACUACAAGAGGGCAGGGAAGUUAUUAAGGCUAAGCUGAGGGUUGAGAGACCGUACAAUAGUCUAAAGAAAAAACGAAAUACUGACCGUGACACAUGGCGCCACUCAUGGGGCAGUGGCCAUAGCCACAGUUCAUGCAGUCUGCACAGCAAUGCAACAACUGGUGGAAUAAUUGGGUUGCUGUCUGGGAAAGAUGAGUUUUGGGCUGCACUACAGACAAACUACAAUUAUAUUAUGGACACAAACCUCUUGGAUACUUGCAAAGAAGCUCGUUGUGAAAUAGAAGGCGCUGCAAGCGUUACAGAGAAUGCAACUGAAUGUUGUUUAAAGAUGUUAGAUACUUCUCGCAGUGAAGGUUCCUCCGAAGAUCCAAAGGAGUUGAGAAAAUGGUUACGUGAAAUGGAAAGCAAACUAGAAGAAGCUCCGUCCCUAUCAGAAGCUACACAUUUUAACAUUGAAGAAUUGCAAAGACGUCUUGAUGAACACUCGGUGUUAUACCGUGAAAUAGUAUCUCAUGCUCGAGUGGUUGGUGCAUGCAUAAAGGCUUCUGAGAAGAAAAAUAAUUCAGCUUCUAGCGAACAACAACAACAAAAACAACAACAACAAAAUUCAUCUUUAUCCUCAACUGAUGAUAAAUCAGCUGCUGCUGAUGGUAAAACUUCAUCACCAAAUAAUAAAGAAACUACAUCAGCUAAACAGCAAAAAAAUUCCAAUAACGAAGGAAAUUUGAAAGGAUUAGAACGUCGCUAUCAUUUAUUGUAUUUGAAAGCAAUUGAAGUACAGUGCUUGUUUGAGGGUUUAUUGGGAAAGAAAAUAUCAGCUGCGAACCUUCUCAGCCGUGGUGCAACAACAAGUGAAGAAACCGACGAAGAGCCAGCUUCGAAAUUAGCUCGUCUUACAGACUCAGAAAGUGACGACGACGAUUCGACAAAUUCAGCUGAAGAACAUCGUCCACUUCGUAGUGUUGAGUGUUGUAAAAAAGUUGUUGCAAGGAAUUCGAAUUGCAUCAAGACUGAUUACGCUGAUGGUGAUGACGAAGACGAUGGUGAGGACGAAAUAGAUCAUCCGCGAAGUGGUCACUCAACUGCUAAUUGGUCAAGUUUAAGUUUCAACACUGUCCUAACUCAAGAACGAGUACAUCAGUGUUGUAUUUCAAAUUCACUUGCAUCGACCGAUUUCGAUGCUGAUUCUGAAGGCAGUGACUAUGAAAUUAUAAAACGUCCACGUAGAAGUGGUGGUGAAAAAUACCCAAACAGCUCUGGAAUAACAACUAAUUCAAACAACUAUCGUUGCAUGCUGUCAACACCUUUGACAAAUCAUAAUUCUGUCAGUUUUAAUCCUUUCCAUCCGCAGCAGCUAAUGCUGCUUAAUUCCGAAGAAAAUGAUUCAGUAUUUGAUACUUUGAGUGAUAGCAUGGACAGUAAAUCGCUAAUGCAAUCGAAAUUGCUAAAUGGUAGCUUUGUGGGAGGUGCCGUUGUUGAUCUAUCAAAACAAUCACCAACAACCCAACAGCAACAUAAUUCACCAAAAUUGCUCAACAUAAGCAAUCAUAAUAAAGCUCGCCUGUCACCACAACAGCACCAACAACAACAACAACAACAACAUCAAAACCAAUUGGUACUGGUAAAUUCGAAAACAGGAACAGCAUCAGCUACGUCUACGACUACGGUCUUGACAACAUCGCCCUGCAGCAAUGGCGUCGCAGUCGGUGGCGUUAGCGUUGGUGGUAAUCUAAGUGUUUGCACUGCUGCUAGUGGAAAUGGAAACACACCGGGCAGCAAUGGAAUAAGGAAACGUCAUCGAAACAUUGACAUUUCCAAAUUCAAUGAGUCCAAUCGAAAGUCAAAUAGUUGUGCCAUAUUCUAUUUUAAGCAUUUGGAUACGGAUAACGAGACGAAUUUUAGCGGCGGUGGUCUGUCAUCGUCGCAUGGAAGCGAUAUCUCGAAAUCUGCUGAACCAUCUUCAGACGACGAUGAAGGAUGGCUCUACUCAAACAGUGCUGAACAUUGCAUUGACGGAAAUCUUCGCCAAACAAAAGUCCUCGUAAACCAACAAAAAAGUCACCACCAUUACAGUAAAACCAGCUCGUCAGCUCAACUUAGUACCAACGACGAUUCUGAUAAAGAGAACAAAACAGGCACAGUUGGAGGAGCAUCAAUUUUGGCCAGCACCACCAGUAGCAGCAACAGCAACCAAACUACACCGUCCAUUCGAAGUUCCUCAUCACUGAACUCGUCCAGUCAGAUUGCUAUAACCGAAAUUCAAUUGAACGGUUGCAGUGGCAGUGGCGGCGAUCGCGGGGGCAGUAGCAAUUAUAGUGGAAGUACAACUGGCAGUUUUAUUGGUGGCUGUACUGCAACAGCGGCGACAAACUCAACGACAGUAGUUAUGCAUCGCAGUGUAAUGGAACUUCAGUUGGGCAGUAACAAUAGCAUCAGUCAAACUAGCAGCAGCAGGAGUAACAAAAACUCCCAAAGUCCCAAUAGGAGCAUUCAGAGCAAGGAAAAUCACUUCGUUGAUCCAACAACCCCUACAAAGUGUUAUUAUUCCAAAUUCGAAACAAAACCAGUAUUCAACGGCAGAAAUAUGUCUCCAAGGACUCCGAAGAAAUCAGGAAAUACAGUCACAACAGCCACAUUUGAAGUGUCAUCAGCUAAGGAAGUAUCGCAUGAAUCAAUCAAGCAACUUGUACUCGAGGCAGAGCAUUUAGUUCGUGAUGAUUCAAUGAAGACACCAACCAAACAACAACAAACCCAGCAAAAGCAUUCCAUUGUGAAAAUUUCUUCAACAGUCAAGAAACGCGAAGUGAUAAUGCCAGGACCAGCUAAACAAAGAAUUGAGGAAUGGUUGGAACAUCAACCAGUCUGUAUUAAACAAGAACCCCAGAUUGCAUCAUCACCAACAACCGAUUGUGAGGCAUCUGGAGAAGCUUCAGAAACCGAUUCAGUAGCUCGUGAAUCUGACACAUCCGAAGGAUUCACAGAUUCAGUUGCUACAUGCAUGCAAACUACCGGAGGAAGUAAUUCCUAUGGCAAUUCAAUUGACAAUAUUGGUGGGUCUGCAGAACCCAUUCCAACAGUUGGCAGCAAUCAGAGCUUGAAUGCCACAUCAAAGGUGCUGCGACGACAGAAUCGUCGCAAAAAUGACCGACCAUGGUCGGUAUCUUGUCUUUCUCAAUUGACAGAGGCAAAUGCUCAAAUAGGUUCUAAGGCACAAGCUAGCCAAGCUGGCUUAGCCACACAUUCAAUCAGUGAAUCUGCCUUGGAUAGCCUUUCUCCGGGUCGUCAGCGAAAUGACACACAACCCAGUAUUAGUGUGAAGAACACUGACAGCAAGAAUUCCCUUAAACGCCGUAAAAUCCGUAAGAAGAAGCAACUGGCAAAGAGGAAUGAAUCCGGUUCGGAUGGUAUGUUGCAGAUAAAGAAAACUGAAUCGUUGUCUUCUGGACAAACUGUUCAAGAAAUCACAGCUGCUUUACUCAAUCUACCUAAAAGCAGUCAAGAAACUGGUGAGGAACAAAAUCUUAUGAAGCCAAAUUUCCGAGUUGGCUCCUAUACUACAGCUUAUAUGACCAAUGAGACUAAAUUGGGAUCAUUGGCUGCAUUGGCUACUUAUAUGAAUGAGGAGGAUCCACAAGGAGAAUACACCACUGGAACAGAAGAUCACCAUAGUAGUUUCUCAGAAACUGCCUGGGACAACUACCAGGAGAAGUAUAACUCUGAAAAUUACUCUGAAGGCUUUGAUUCAGAUGCUGCUAGGCGUUUAUUGGAAUUCGGGGACGAUUAUCGCAACUUCCUUGAUUCGCAAUCGGAUUGUUGCUCCUCUCUAUCGGCCGCUAACAAUUUGGAUUCUAUGUCGCCACCACAGAUGGAUUCGUUGAAACAAAACGAAGCGAAAGUUGUCAUACAAGAGACCAUUGUUAGUAGUGUUGAUCAUGCGAGACGUCGUCGUGCCCUCGAAUUGGAAUAUGAACGUCGUCGUAAGAAUCUUGAAGUUAGACGUAAAUCAUGUCAAGAUGAUAUUCAAAAUAUUCGGAGCCCUACAACGAGUCUUUCCUCGUCGGCUAAUGCCUUGACACCCAAAAACAAUGAGAAAUUCUCUUUCAUGGCCCGUGUUGACUCGGCCAGUCGUAAACUUGAUUUUGGAAUGAGCCAUUCUGCUCAGAGCCUACGUCGCACUUCAGAGAGUGAUACAUCUUCAAGGCGCCGCAGGGCUGAUGAUCGUCGUCGCUCAUCGCGCAAUCUAGAAAAGUCAAUAAAACUCAUCCCAGCUACAUCGUCUUCGAGCGAAGAGCAUACCGAUGACGAGAAAGAGAUGAGGAAUUUACUGACUCAGAGCAAGAAUCGUUUGGAGGAUACACGUUCAUUGAAGAUUCGAAGCCAUUUGCUGAGACCAGAGGAUUAUGCCGAAAUAAUUGCAACCUGUCGCGACAACAUACGCUGUUUGGAUUCAGUAUUACGCGGCCCACCAGGCACUGUUAUGUCAGCAGGCUGUUUAAAUGCUACAAAAGAUCUACUUUCAUCAUGGGAGGAGCUGCUAGCUUGGAGUGAAAAUGCUGCUGCAGCACGUAAAAUGCAAGAGGAGAUGAUCAUAUUGAAAAGUGCACUUAAUCGUUUGGGUGGCAAAUUGGCAUGCGACUUGGAUACUGAACCAUCGAUUCAGUUGUCCAUUGAAGCGUUAAAGAAUGAAAAGUCACAAUUGCAAACGUAUCGCACGAAUAUGCUACGCUUAAAUGCAUCCGUUCACAGUUGGCUAACAAGACAAGAAAGAAAAUUAGCUGCUGAAUUGGCUGAGCACGAAGAAGCCAUUAAAUCAGCAACAGAAGCUGCUGCUGCUUUGCAAUCAUCAUCAGAGACACAACAACAACAAUCAGAGACUAGCAAUAACGACACUGUCGAUAAUAAUACUAAAAAAUCCAUUGGUACAAUUGCAUUCGAUCAGGAUAAACACUCACAAAUCACCACAAUCAUACAGUCAGAGUCGGAAUUCCAUAAGCAUUUGAAGAACGAAGUUAGUGAGAUGUAUAGUGCUUGGGAUGAGGCUAAUUCAAGAAUUAACAACCAAUUGGAAGUGUUGACCACUUCAUUGAUUGCCUGGAGGCAAUUGGAAUCGGGGCUAUAUGAAUUCCAACAGGUCCUUGGAAAGGAUCGUGGAACACUUAAGGGACUCGAAGGUGCAUUAGACAAAGGCAAGACCACUCCUGUGGAACUUGCUCAAAAUGUCAAACUUGUGGCCAAACUUUUGUCCGAAAAAGUUGAAGUCAGCCAAGAACAGCUUACUGCUGUCCAAGAGCACUUAGAUCCCAGCCGCAUCCUCCACAUCGCCCAAUUCACUGCAUCAAAUGGUUCCCUGUCCGACAGUGGAAUCUCCGAUGGAGCAACAUCAGACGGUGGUUUGUCUGAACGCGAACGCCGUCUUGGUGUACUCCGUCGUUUAGCCAAACAAUUGGAAUCUGCUCUGGCACCUGGUAGCGAGGCAAUGAAAUCCAUUGCCGCUCGCAUGGAAUCAGCUGAAUUCGAUCUUAAAAGUCUCCAAAAUACAUGUCGAGACUUAAUAGUUCGUACAGCUGCUUCACAUACAAAGAAAUCUGUACAAAAUGGAGGAGACGAACGUCCACCAAGCAAGAAAAACUCUCCAUCCUCGUCUCCAUCAUCGAAACGUCGCAACAAACGCAAUAAGAAAUCUACAGCAAUCGCUGCAGCGAACAUUGGUGAAUCUGAAUCAGCAGCUUACAAUGUUGCCAUGGCAACAUCACCCGAUGCUGGUGAUCCCGAUGAUCCAUACAACGAUGAUCCACUUGAUUUUGAUUCAUCCGAUGACGAGAACAAAACCGGAAAGCCUGGUUGGAUAAAACGUAUUGCCAAGAUUGCCUUCCCCAUGCAAGUGGCUUUGUUCACUCUCAUCUGUGCCGCCUGUAUGAUGCAACCCAACUGCUGUGACAAUCUCAAUAAUCUUUCAAUGAGUUUCACACCACAGUUGCGAUACAUACGAGGACCGCCACCGAUUUGAGCGUCUUCAAUAGUGUGAAAGCAAUAGUAAAAUCAUCACUCCAUAUGCGAUGCGAGUGGAGAGUUUUCAAAAAACCGCGUUUUUCUCGUUUAAGAAUACUAUUUAAGGGGGCGGGUCUCUCAUUUUAUUCGAAAUAAUUUUUGAGUAAGAUCCUGAACCACAGUAUAGAAUGUAAAAUAGUUGAAGGCAUCAUCAUCAUUACACUGCUGAGGGGUCUUUUAUAAAAGGACUCACACACACAUACAAUUGCGCCAGAGACUCUUUUACAUUUCUUUUAAGUGUACUCUAAGCGUGUUAGCAUGCCGAGUUCGCCGGUCUCAAAAACGGUUAUUAUCGUGUUGUAGGUAGGUUAGAAUUUUUUUUUUUUUUUGUUUAGGAAGAGUGUGUAGAAAAUAUAGUUUAGGAAAACAAUUUAUGGAAAAAAAAUCAAAUCAAAACUUGAAGAGAUAGCCAACUUUUGAAAACGUUGGAAAUUUUGACUUUAAGAGUCAUGUGUUUCGAAAGAAAAGAAACUUAUCAAACCGCUAGAAGGGAUAUGUGCAGAAGAAUGAGCGUUCAACGCCAAAAGAAAAAAAAAAUAAGACUCCUUUGGUCGAAUCAAAGGAGUAAGAAGGAAUUUAUCAUUACCAUUUGAUGAAUUGAAAAAUAUAAAUUGUUUUUUGAAGAUUUGAAUGUUUAAAGGCUAAGAAAGAGAUGGAAAAUAUUUUGUAAAUCAUCAUCUUGCCAAGAAAAAUAAUAUACAAAAUUGUAUGAGUUUUUGAGAAAAUAUGCAACGGUUUUAAGGGAGAUUUUCAGCUUAAUUUAUAGAAGCAUGAAUAAUGAAAAUCUCAGCAACGUUGAAAGAAUGAGAAAUAGAAAAUAUUAUGCCUGCAAGUCAGGAUUGAAAAAAAGCAUGAGUUGAAUUCCAAGACAUGGAGUUGACUGUAAUCCAGUAAAAUAAAAUAAAACUAACAAUAGUACCAGUAUAAAUGUGCCUGAGGAAUAUAAUAACAUACAUUGUACACAAACAAACACAAAAGACUUUUAUAGGGUGCUGCAUGUGUAGAUAGGCCACCCAAAAGUAACAAGCAUGAAUCCACCCGAAAUAACAAACAUUUAUUUUACAUGAAACUCAAUUAAAAACAUCUAUGUAGCAGCUUAUGGAUUUAAAUAAUAAAUUUUAUUAAAAAUAAUAAUAUUCCUUGUAUCGUCCAUACAAUCGUCCUGAUAAUAAAAUAUAAACAAUUUUUUCCUAUAAUAACUUAA